UCUUGUUCGGUUUCUAGCUUUUUCACUUCUAUAAAUACUUCUCAAAAGCCAUACAAGAAACUAACACAAUCUAAGUUGCCUCUGAUUAAAUUUCUCGAAUUCUCUCGUAUAUUCAAUCUCGUUUAUGGCUUUCAACAAUGAUCUCUCUGUGAUCCUUCCCCGUGUUCUCAUCGUCUCUAGACGUAGCGUUCGCAAGAAUAAGUUUGUAGAUUUUGUCGGUGAAUAUCAUCUUGAUCUCAUAGUCGGUUAUGGUGCAGUUCCGGUGAUUGUACCGCGAGUUAAUGGGGUUCAUAUGUUAUUAGAUAGUUUCGAGCCAAUCCAUGGUGUUCUUCUUUGUGAAGGGGAGGACAUUGAUCCAUCUUUAUAUGAAGCUGAAACAUCUGGCCUUUCACUGGAAGAAUUAGAAGAAAUCAGGAGACUGCAUGCAAGUGAUACAGCCAUUGAUACAGAGAAAGAUUCAAUCGAGUUAAGGCUAGCAAAGCUUUGCCUGGAAAGGAACAUUCCUUAUCUGGGAAUUUGCAGGGGUUCACAGGUUUUGAAUGUUGCUUGUGGAGGUACUCUUUAUCAAGAUAUUGGAAAAGAGCUGUCAAGGAAUUUGCCAGAGAAUCAAAGAGUAGUGCACAUGGAUUAUGAUAAUUAUGAUGGGCACAGGCAUUCGGUGAAAAUUGUGGAGAAUACCCCUUUGCAAUGCUGGUUUAAGGAUUCUUUGCAGGAUGGGAAAAUGGAGAUUUUGGUUAACAGUUAUCACCAUCAAGGUGUUAAGAGAUUGGCACAACGAUUUGUAGCAAUGGCUUUUGCACCUGAUGGUUUGAUUGAAGGGUUCUAUGAUCCAGAUGCUUAUAAUCCUGAAGAGGGUAAGUUCAUCAUGGGACUUCAAUUUCAUCCAGAGAGAAUGAGGCGGCCUGAUUCAGAAGAAUUUGAUUAUUCAGGAUGCCCAUCUGCUUAUCAGGAAUUUGUGAAGGCAGUAAUUGCUUAUCAGAAGAAACUCAAUAGCUCAACAUCUAUACCAAAGCCUUUGAAGCUUAAUCAGGAAAUGGAGAAGAGAAGAAAAAUUAUAGUGCGAAGCUUCUCACUUGCAAAGAAUUUGUACACUGCAGGAGGUGGGAUGCAUCCUUCUAAAGUAUCUGAACUUCAAGCUGGAGCAGAAUUUCUUGAGUCAAACACAGCUCUCAGUGUGCAACAAGAGAAAAGACUGAAGCAGAUGGGAGCAACAGUUAGAAAUGGGACUAAUUACAUUGAGAAAUUGAAGAUAAAUGAAGAAAGGGAAAGAUUAGCAAGACAUGUGAUGGGGAAAAUGCCAGUUGAGGAAUUGUCUGAUCUGAUGUCAUUCUACCACAUGAUGGGGCAGAUAUGUUCAGAGGUUUUGGAAAGAAAGCUACCAGGCAUUGUUAAUGACAUUAGCGAUUGACACUUCCCCAGCAUGAUUUGGGGAAACAUGCUUUGCUGUCAGUAAAAGGACAGGUGUUUGGCAAAGGCUCACAGGAAACCUGGGUUGUAGGGACCCCUGUAAUUCCUCUCUGUUUUGUCUUCUGUGUUUGCUUUCAUGUGAUAUAUGGAAAAGAUGGUUGUAAGUAACUUUAUUUAUCCAUGCUCAUUUUUGUUCUGUACCGGGAACAAAAGCACUGUGUACAUUUCUGGCCAUAAAUAUUCUUAAUUUUCUAAUUACCAUUUGAAUUUCUCA